AUGCGUUUUCCCGGUUUUGAACUUUGCCCCCUCCUCCUCCUCCUUCUUCUCCUUCCUCCUGUCCGAUCAAACGGCAGCGUUGUAAUCGAUUUCGAGGUCGGGACCAUGAGAAAUGACAGGAGGAUGAUUUCUAAAUUUUGUGCGUUCUUGCUCAUGGUGAUUCGAUUUCAAAUGCGAGCAGCGUGCUCGUCGUCCUCGCCACCGCCACUCGCACCAGCGCUGUAUGUGUUUGGCGAUUCGCUGUUCGACAGCGGCAACAACAACCUGCUGCCCACCCUCUCCAAAGUCAAUUACCUCCCUUACGGCCACGAUUUCCCGAGAGGUGCCACCGGGCGGUUCACCAAUGGGAGGACCGUUGCCGACUUCCUCGCCGAAUUUAUGGGGCUGCCUUAUCCACCACCAUACCUGAGUUUUAGGACAUCAGGAGUGGUCACCGGACUGAAUUUCGCGUCCGGGGCAUGUGGCAUUCUCCCUGAAACAGGAAGCUACUCGGGAAAAUGUCUUAACUUGGGUGACCAAGUGAGGUUGUUUGAGAGUCAUGCCGUUAAUGAUUUACCAAGACUCCUCAAGAGCUCCGACGAGGUCUCCGCCAAUUUGGCCAAGUCCAUCCUCGCCUUCGCGAUCGGCAGCGACGACUACCUCGAGAACUACCUCAAUCCAGUGCUCUACAGCACCAGCAAAACCUACGAGCCUCCGCCAUUCGCGAAGCUCCUCGUUGCCGGGCUUUCUCAGCAUCUAGAGAGAUUAUAUAAUGUGGGAGCGAGAAAGUUUGUUGUCUUUGAGAUUGGCCCCAUCGGUUGCAUGCCGACGAGCGCGAAGAAAUCGAAGGACGGCGGAGUAUGCGACGGAGGACAAAAUUUGCUAGUUUCCUACUUCAAUCAGAUGCUUCAACCGGUGCUAGAGAACAUGACAUCCAGUCUUGCGGGUUCAAUGUUCGUUCUCGGUAGAGUGAAUGGGCUUUGCUAUGACGCGGUAAUCAAUCCCUCGGAAUACGGCUUGACGGACUCGAAAAAUCCUUGUUGCAAAACGUGGGGGAAUGGAACUUUGUCGUGCAUUCCAUUCCUGACCCCAUGCCCUGACGCCGGUAAACACUUCUUUUGGGACGGAUAUCAUCCGACCGAUGUGGCGUCGUCGAUCUUAGCUUCGCGGUGUUUCAACGACACAAACGUUUGUUCUCCAAUCAGCGUACAAGAUCUCGUGCAGAUGUGA